UAUCAAAUUCAAUAUCAAUUUCCCUUUACUCGCUCCUUUCCUUCGGCCCAACAAGCCACGAAAUCAGCCCGCGCUGACUCCGCCCCUCAAACUCAGUGGCUGUGGAUGCGAGAAAAAGGCCAGCAACAGAGUGACAGGCAUCGCAGCCCCGCUCCGCUCAGCGUAGUAGUGGAUAUCUUCUCUGUAUACGGCGAGCAGAGGCAAGCCAAAACGAGCCGCAUGCUUGCUGUGCAACAAGGCGAACAGGAGCAAAAUGGACCGCCGGACAGUAGCACCAGUACCAGCAUCCCGCGAGGACCGAUACAGUUUCUAGGGUCCUGUUAUAUCCUGGAGGACACAUGGUCAUGAAGAAAUAGAAGUAUCAGUUGAGGCCCUCCAGCUGACCUCUGGGCUAAGUCCUGGCCGUGGGGCUUUGUUGUUGGUGGGCCAGCUGAACAGGCGUGUAUGUGAGUGAGAGGUAAUGAAGUCCAGGAUGAGGCAGUGGCGUAGGCUAGUGCUGGUGGGAAUGCUGGCCUGGGUUCUCCUCUUCCUAGCCCUCCUCUCUUACUUUCUGGAUGCUCGUGUGAAUGAACCCCUGACCUCUGUUGGCUCUUUACUCUCCCAGCACCCUGACACCCGUCGCCUAGCUUCUAUACAGGCCUCCCAUCAACAACAUGCCAACCUGGGCUCCCGACCUGAGCUGGUUUCCACCUUAACGACAGCCUACCCUGGAGAUAAGCCAGAGCCAGAGCCAGAGCCUUCUGCCCGCUCCACGACCCCAGAGUUCAGCCUGGAGGUGAGCCACAGCCCCAACACUGCUCCCUAUGCCAUUUAUGGUAGCCAGGAGACCAGCCACCAGGACUACCUGGACCCACAGAGCCUGGCUGCCUGGUCCUCCUUUGGUACAGAAAAUGUGGGUUCUCACUCGGACCCUUCAGUCCAGAGUCGUGAGAGAACUUCCCAGACAGAGUACCAGAACCACGUCAGCACCACACACUAUCACGGUGGGGGGGAAGAAGAAGAAGAAGAUGAGAGGGACAACGAAGAAGAAGAACAACUAGAAAACCGAAUAAGGGUUACAGGAGGCAGGAGGCUCGGUGGCGACUCCUCUGAUCUGGAUGAAUAUUACUUCUCCAAGUCUGCCUCUGUGGUGCAGAGGUUGUCGGGUCGUGUGUCCGCCGGCAUGCUGAGUCCUCGGCUGCAGCGCGCCAUGAAGGACUACGUUAGUGCCAACAAACACCAUGUUUCCUACGAGGGGCAUCGCAGUGCCGCCCAGAGUGCUAAGGAGCUACUGUGUCAAAUGAAAGCCCAGGCCCAGCUCAGGACAGUGGACGGGUCGGAGCAGCCCUUCUCUUCACUUGGUUGGGCUAGUCUUGUGCCAUCUCUUCCCCUAAAGCGACUGCACAGGCGGGAGGACCAGAGUAGCUUCAAGACCUGUGCAGUGGUCACCUCGGCGGGUGCCAUCCUGCGCUCAGGACUGGGCAAAGAGAUCGAUACUCAUGAUGCAGUUUUACGAUUCAACGCUGCACCUACAGAGGGAUAUGAGAGAGACGUGGGCCACAAAACCACCAUCCGCAUCAUCAACUCACAGAUUUUGGCCAAUCCUAAACAUCGAUUCAACACAAGUUCAAUCUACAAGAAUGUGACUCUGGUGGCCUGGGAUCCUGCACCUUACACUGUCAACUUACACAAGUGGUAUGCCAGUCCAGACUACAAUCUGUUUGGUCCAUACACGGAGCACCGCAAGCUCCAUCCCGGCCAGCCCUUCUACAUCCUUCACCCGAGCUAUGUGUGGCGACUCUGGGAUGUGAUACAGGGCAACACUCGGGAGAAUAUCCAGCCCAAUCCUCCCUCCUCUGGCUUCAUAGGCAUCCUCCUGAUGAUGGCGCUAUGCGAGCAGGUGCAUGUGUACGAGUACAUUCCCUCCAUGAGGCAGACAGACCUGUGCCACUACCAUGAGCGUUAUUAUGAUGCUGCCUGUACACUGGGUGCCUACCAUCCCCUCCUGUAUGAGAAGAGCCUGAUCCAGCGGAUCAACACCGGCCCCGAGAGUGACCUCAGGAGGAAGGGACGGGUCACUCUUCCGGGUUUCAGCACCGUCAACUGUGAAAUCUGAGAUAUGAAACCUGACCCCUCUGAGCCCAAACAUACACACACACUCCGGCUUUUUCUGGCUGACUAAGGGAGAGGUGCAAUAAAGCCAUUGGCAACAAGGAGGCUGGAGCUUACAAUAUUCACAUUAGACCCAUGAAGAACAUAAGCCAUAGCCCUCCAGGGAGUGAGAUCUACGUGGAGACUUCUGAAAGAAUGUUUCUUCAUUUUAAAUGGUUUACUAGGCCAGAGACUGGCAGGUAGAGUCUCCAAGAUGAAGCUGAAAAAGACGUUUCUCUCUGCUUUAGCUGAGCCACGUUAGCUGUGGAGCUGACUAGGGUAGCAACAGAUAAGUGUUUUUAGAUAGACAAGUGAAUUUUCAAUAACUGGGUAUGUGUCAAUGGUGGUAAACUCUGUGUUUUUCAAUAGUAUGGGUGGUUCUCCACUUGAAGGAAAUGCCACUGUUUAUAACGUGGAUCCUUGUGCUUUUUCUUUUUUUACUGGUCCAAAAGGUUGUGAAUAAGCAAAGAAGUCAUCCACGCUGAAUGUCAUAAAUGCAACAUAACCCUCACAAAUAUACAAACAUUCACACUUACAUAGAGCAGCAACUCAUGCAGAAGAUCGCACAGUGUAAAAAGACAGUUUUGGAGUCUCCACAGAGACCGUCACACCAGUCAUAUUACGCUCUGCAGCAGGUGUUGCCGUGUUCGACAUUCCUCUAUCUUCUUGUGAAAUCUAACAUGUUUUGUGUUGUCACGAGGGGUUUAUUUCACACAAAUAAGGCCUAUUAAAUUACCCUCCUGUGCAUGCCAACUUGCCAGCUCACUACCACCUGUAUGUCGCUCCUUGUUCACACUUAAAUGAUUCCUCAUUCAGAGUCAAGAAGCCUGUCUCUCAGUUACUAGCCCACAGGAAGGAAAACACUGGUUGCCCUUUUGAUUCAUCCUACCAAUAGUAACAUUUUUUUUAGCGUCGUUAAAUCAAAGUGAAUGGGGCCUAAGUGGAUCUUCAGAAAAAACUGGUGCUCAGAACAGCUGUAACCCUGUGCCUAGGGGUCGACUGAACACGUUCCUCGGGUUGCCUUGUGACUGUUCAGGUACAUGCAGUACAUAAUGUGGCAGGACGCAGGCGUGAAGCAGUUGAUAUUGCGGUGUCAGUGAGCUGUAUCAGGGGAUUUUCAGCUCUGCCUUUGGCAAUCACUAGCCCCUGUUUAUGACAGUCAGUUCACUCUUUAUUGAAUGUAAUUUUCCCACUGCGUGUAAUGGCCAAACCCUCCCUGAAGCUCACCAAUGCAGUACAGUAUGGUCUGCGCAUGUGCAGGGUUAUUUCUUUAUCAUGUAAUGGCAUAAAGCUAAUUUCCUGCAACUAUUAAUGUCUCAUAUUUGCUGAAUUCUUUAAUAUUGGUCUGUGUCCGUUCACAUCUCAGAGUGCAGACGAUUAUAAAAGAGGAAGUUGAACUGGUAAUAUUAGCAGAUUUGCUUUGUCUCCAACUAGGAUGGUUUUUAUGAUUACAGUCAGUCAGUGCCACAUCUGCGGCAAGCUCUAGAGGUAUGUCAGCGUGGAGAGGAAGAUUGGUUGUGAUUUUUGCUGUAGACAUUCAGAAAAAUCUUGCCUAUAACAGAGAUUUCUAUUGCUAAGUGUGCUUUUCAAAAUGUUCUUGUGCCAUUGGUUGUGGUUCGUUAUAAGAUGUGAAAACGUGUCUCAGAAAUGUUGCUUUGAAUAGUCUGAUGUAUGUUGAAUUAGAUGGCUCUGUAGUAGUAUUAUGUAGAUGAUUCUGGGGCUUAACAUUACUUCUUGUUGAGUAAGGCUGGGUAUCAUCCAAAAUGUGUCAGUACUACUACAAACAAGUACAGUGCUGAUACCAAAACAAUGCAUUUUUUAAAUUUACAAAACACCCUUUUUAUAGUUUUUGGUGCAAAUUUUCUAUAUUCGACAGUCGGGGUGGGUGAUAUAGAUAAAAACCUCUAUUAUGGUAUUUUAUUUUGCAACAUUGACUGUAUCGAGAUAUAGUAAAUUCUCUGGAAAUUAUGUUGAGAAACUACACUCAGUUGCCAGUUUAUUACAGUAGGUACACUUUGCUAAAACGUCUAGUAAAUAAACAUAAAUUCAUUAAAAUAAAUCAGUGGACAAAAUAUUAGAAACCCUACAAUUGAAUCAACAUCUCUCUAAAACAGGAUUUAUUGCAGAGCUGUGGUUCAUUAGACAGCACUACUUUUAGCUAGUUGGAAAACUGGAAACUGAGUGUACAUGUAGAUAAAAUAACCAGAUGGUAAUGACUAAUUCAGUGAAUUACAUAAAUGACAAAGGUAUUUCAUCACAUUGAUGCAAAAUUCUGUAAAUCUAAUAUUGCCACAAAGCAGUUGCCCUUAUUGAUAUGCAGCUGCCUUAGUAGAAAUUGUAAAGAAAUAUCUCUGACAGUUGACAAACGGUCUCACGUUACAUAUAUGGUCAUAUCGCCCAGCUCUACUCGACAGUUUUUAAUACUAAAUUUAAUGGAUGCAUUUUGAAUACAAAAACGUAGUGAGGUUUGAUACCCAGCCCCAGUUUCAGGUGGAUUGUCUGGCAUGUCAUUAGAAGAUUUUUGGAACAAGGAACCUGGUAAAAACAGGUAGAUGACUGUAACAGAGGUUUAAAAACGGACUAUAGAAACCAUUUUUGAAGCUUAAAGCAACACUAUGUAACUUGUCCUGCUUCGGUCCCCCUACAGGUUGUCUCAUUGGAACUACAGCUCGCGCUAAAAGUUACAUAGUGUUGCUUUAAUGAGAUUUAUGAAUUAUUUUGGAUCAUGCAGGUUUUCAGCUCUGCUGUAGGUUUUAUGUUUCUCUGUUUAGAUAAAUAAUCAAAUGUUUUAUUGCUUGUGAUUGUAACACACUGAAGGUGAAAAAACCCUGAACAUAUUGUACAUGUAUAUUUCUAAUAACUUGGAUUACUUUCCAAUGCACAGAGCAUGCAAAUCAGGAUCAGGGGUAAGUCUUAAACUGUCCGUGCUGUACUGUGCUGCAAGUAGACACCAUUGUCAUUAAUGUUGUGAGAGGCAAUUGUAUUAUAAGAUUUUUUUUUUUUCUUAAGUGUUGUUUUGCAGAUUUUAGUGCAUGUUUGUGGACAGGGGAUCACAUUCAGCAGUGGUGCAGCUGUAAGUAGUUCCCUGGGAGCACUUGAUUUAGUGCUAUGCAUUCUGGCAACUUCGUCUUCACAUCUUAAUAUUGUGCCAAAUUCCAUUUUUAAAUAUGUCUUAGCAGACUAUAAGUAAUAGCAGGACUUCUAAAGUGCUAUUGCUUCUCUCUGGAAUGUUUUAAGGUGGAAUUUAAUGGAAAUUGUAAUUCUCUUUAAGAUAACAAUUGUAUUGCCAGGAUUACAUACAGGAUAUUGUGCUAAAACGUGAGUGGUGAGAUUAGAGAAAAAUCCAUGAGAAAUUUGCAGCCACUGUUUAUUACGUUUUUCCCUCUCAGCCUCUUUCUCUCCGCUCUUUACUCCCGAGGCCUAGUUUUCAUGCCAUGUUUUUACUCAGUAUUGUGGGAAUUUCUGUACCACACUGCCUCUAAAGGAUUGUUUAACAUUUUAAGUUUUUUUUGGACAUUUCCCCCCUGCAGCUUCCUGCAGUACUCAUGAAAAGAGGAAGAGAAAAAUAUGCAUCCAUAGCUGAACAUAGUAAGAGUGAAAGUCCUGUUUUUACUCCCAACAGCCUUAGGGUGUUCUUCUGGACUUUGAUUUGUCAGUGAAUUCUCUUACACUUGAAUUGAUAUUUAAAUAGACCAUUUGUAUGAUUUCAGCUGUUGUAAUUGUAAUUUGUCUUUUUUUACUGUGUAAAUAAAGCUGUCGUACAUGUCCAACUG